GUGGGAGUUGGUGAUCAAAAUAGAACAUUAGAAAAGUUUGCUCGUUCCGUCGCCCUCCAACAUGGCACCGCCGGGUAGUAAAAACAAAAGUAUUUCGGCCGCCGGCAAACGGGGCAGCACCAGUAAACAAUCCAACCGGAUAUCGGUGUGGUCCCACUGGCAGAAACAGUAUCUGAAUGUGGCAUUUGUGAAAUCGCUUGUCUUCGAUCCGGCUCGGCUGCCGCUGGUUUCCUGGCUCAUCCUUGCCGCCGAACUGGUGCUGAACGUUUUUGUCGUACGCAAUGUUCCGUACACGGAAAUCGACUGGAAGGCUUACAUGCAGGAAUGCGAAGGUUUCCUGAAUGGAACCACCAACUAUGCCGAGCUGCGAGGUGACACCGGUCCGCUGGUCUAUCCGGCUGGAUUCGUUUAUAUUUACAGUGCGCUGUACUUUAUAACAUCCCACGGUCAGAAUAUACGAUUGGCUCAGUACAUCUUUAUUGCCAUUUACUUGAUGCAAAUGGGGCUGGUUCUGCGGAUGUACAGUAAGAGCCGGAAGCUCCCGCCAUACGUGCUGGUCCUCACGACUUUCACAUCGUACCGGAUUCAUUCGAUUUAUGUCCUGAGGCUGUUCAACGAUCCUAUUGCGAUUCUGUUCCUGUACUUGGCUCUAAAUGCCUACAUCGACAACCGGUGGACCCUGGGAAGCGUCUUCCUGAGCUUGGGCGUUUCGGUCAAAAUGAACGUCCUUCUGUUCGCACCGGCAAUCUUGCUGCUGUUUAUCACCAACUUGGGAUACGUUAAAACGUUAAUUCAAUUGACCAUUUGUGGCGUGAUUCAAUUGCUGCUGGGAGCUCCAUUCCUGCUGACCUAUCCGUGGGAAUACCUGAAGGGAAGCUUCGAUCUUGGACGAAUUUUCGAACACAAGUGGACCGUUAAUUAUCGCUUUCUGGAGAGGGACAUCUUCGAAAGCAAGGUUUUCCAUCUGUCUCUGCUUGCACUGCAUGCGCUGAUGUUGCUGGCCUUUGUUUCCCCCUGUUACAAGUAUUUGCAAAACUACUGCCGCCUAAGAAAUCUGGAAGCCAUGCUGGCACCGCAGAUUGCCGCAAAGAAUCUUGAGGUCUCUCAGGAGAAGAAGAAAAAGAAGGAAAAGCCCAAGCCUCAACCGCAAAAGGCCGAGGAAAAGCUCUCCAAAGAGCAGGAACAGUUCUUGAAAUCCUUCGAAAAAGGCAUCAAAAAGAUGUCCGGAAAGGAGGCUACGGUUCCGGCUGUUGCCAACGGUUCCCCGGAACCGCAAGUGGAAGGACCACAACCAAGCAAAUACUCUGUCCAUUUCGAUCGUGCCACCCAGCUGGCCCUGCUUCCCAUCUUUCUGUCCAACUUCAUCGGAAUCGUGUGCGCUCGCAGUCUGCACUACCAGUUCUACGUGUGGUACUUCCACAGCUUGCCCUAUCUGACCUGGUUCACCGAGUACAGCACCAGCCUCAAGUUCCUGCUGCUGAUGCUGUUGGAGUUCUGCUGGAAUACCUACCCGAGCACCGUGGUAAGUAGCCUCCUGUUGCACACCUGUCACAUCAUCCUGCUGGUGGGAAUCGGGCGGAAAAUGUUCCGCAAAAUUCCGGAACUGUCGCAAUUAGGCAAGGCCACCGACUGAGAUUGGGCCAAGGUUUAACUUGUUUGACGAUGAAGAUUCUCCGAAGAUGCCAAAAAGUUAAUGGAACGAAACUGCAUUUUGCACGAUGUGCCUUUUCCCUGCGGAUUCCCUGGGGGGGAAUUGAAGCGUAUAGAAGUUUUUGUUUCUGUUUGAUCGUAGGGUUUUGUGUUUAGAGUAGUGUUUGAAUAUUGACAGAUUUGAUGCGUGUAUAAAGUAAUA